UCAACAAGCGUAUCCAUCCGCGCUGAACGCCAACUGAAACCUCUUCGCCCUACUUUAUCAAUAGCACCAAUAAUAUCGAUCAAUAAGCCCGUGAUGAAAGCCCGGGUCAGUGCCAGGGUGCAGCUCUACGCCGACUGAGGCCGCCUCCCCACCCUCUCAAACCGCAGCCACCGCCGCCGCCAUGGGCCAGCAGCUCUCGGGCCAGGCCAGCCGGCUGCCCGAGAAGCUGGUGAGGCACGCGGGGCUGGUGAGGGACAGCGGGUACCUCACCUACGAGGAGUUCCUGGCCAGGGUGUCGGAGCUCAACGACGUGACGGCCCAGCUGGCCGCCGGGCAGCAGAAGCACCUCCUCUUCGAGGUGCAGCCCGGCUCCGACACCAGCGCCCUGUGGAAGGUGGCCGUGCGCGUGGUGUGCACCAAGAUCAACAAGGAGACGGGCACGGUGGAGGCCACCCGCAUCAUGAACCUGUACCAGUUCACCCAGCUGUACCGCGACGUCACCAGCCAGGCCGCCCAGGUGCUGGGCCCCGACGGCCCCUUGGAGGGCCCCUCGGCCCAGCUGCCCUCCACCGACUCCUGCCAGGCCAGCAUGUGGAUGGGCCGGGUGAAGCAGCUGACGGAUGAGGAGGAGUGUUGUAUCUGCAUGGACGGCCGGUCGGACCUCAUGCUGCCGUGCGCACACAGCUUCUGUCAGAAGUGCAUUGACCAAUGGAGCGGGCAGAGCAGGAACUGCCCCAUCUGCCGCAUCCAGGUGACGGCGGCCAACGAGUCCUGGGUGGUGUCAGACGCCCCCACCGAGCACGACAUGGCCGACUACAUCCUCCACCUGGCAGACGAGGCCGGCCAGCCCCACAGUCCCUAGGGACACCACCCAACAACACCACCGAAAAUCCCUAGAGACACCACCCAACACCACCGCCCACAGCCCCUAGAGACACCACCCAACACCACCCACAGCCCCUAGAGACACCACCCAACACCACCACCCACAGCCCCUAGAGACACCACCCACAGCCCCUAGAGACACCACCCAACACCACCUACAGCCCCUAGAGACA